UCGUUUUAUAAUAAAAGUUAGUCCUGCCUUUUACAGCCUUCACUGCAAUUUCCACAACCUUUCUGGCUCUCCUUUUCCUUAAUUUAAACCAAAAAGAGCUAUAUUUAAGCAUCCACUCACACCCAUAAUUCCUCAACCAAAUCUCAAUAUUCUUCCUCUCACAUUUUCAUUAUUGUAUUUCCUCCCAAGUUAAAAAAAUGGAAGAAACCAAAACACUAACAGUAAUCAACUCUGAUGAGCAUCCCCUGCAAACCAAGUACCCACCACUAAUCUCCUCCUUCAACAGCCAAAUACGACCACUCCUCGACGCCAUUGAUGACCUCCGUCACCUUAAUAUUAUGAAGGAAGGUAUCCAACUGCCCACCAUUGUUGUCGUGGGUGAUCAAUCCUCGGGCAAAUCAAGUGUCCUCGAGUCACUUGCUGGCAUUAACCUCCCACGAGGUCAAGGUAUUUGCACUAGGGUACCUUUGAUCAUGCGCCUUCAGCAUCACCCCAGUCUUACUCCAAACCUGUGUCUGGAGUACCUCAACAAGUCUGUUGACACAGAUGAGCAAAACGUGGCAGAAUCCAUUGAAUCUGCCACGUGGGAGAUCGCUGGGUCUGGGAAGGGAAUCUCCCACACCCCAUUGACUCUUGUAGUCAAGAAGAAUGGUGUGCCUGACCUUACUAUGGUUGAUCUCCCUGGUAUUACCCGGGUGGCUGUACAAGGCCAGCCAGAAAAUAUAUAUGAGCAGAUACACGAUAUCAUAAUGGAGUAUAUUACUCCAGAGGAGAGCAUAAUUCUGAACGUGCUUUCUGCUGCUGUUGAUUUCUCUACUUGUGAGUCCAUUCGGAUGUCACAGAAGGUGGACAAAUCAGGAGAGAGAACUCUGGCAGUAGUCACCAAGGCAGAUAAAGCACCCGAGGGGCUUCUUGAGAAGGUCACCACUGAUGACGUGCGAAUCGGAUUGGGUUAUGUCUGUGUGAGGAAUAGAAUUGGUGAUGAGACUUACGUAGAAGCUAGAGCAGAGGAAGCUUCCCUGUUUCAGUCUCAUCCCCAGCUUUCGAGAAUUGAAAAAUCGAUGGUGGGGGUUCCAGUGCUUGCUGAGAAACUCACAGCAAUCCAGGCAACUAGCAUCGCAAGGUGCUUGCCACGAAUUGUGAAGCAGAUCAAUGACAAGCUUAACUCUAGCAUUGCUGAGCUGAAUAAGCUCCCUAGCUCUCUCUCCUCUCAUGCAGAAGCAAUGGCCACAUUCAUGAAGAUACUGGGGUCAUCCAAGGAGUCUCUCAGGAAAAUCCUUGUCAGAGGAGAGUAUGAAGAGUACCCUGAUGACAAAGAAAUGCACUGCACAGCUCGUCUUGCAGAAUUCCUCAACGACUUCUCCUGUAAACUAAUGGACAAAGAAAGGGUUGAUAAUGAUGAUGUGGAUGAAAAUUUUUUGGUGGAAGAGAUUCGAGUUCUCGAGGAGGCGAAAGGGAUCGGGCUCCCCAACUUUGUCCCUCGUGCAGCUUUCCUCAACAUUAUGCAAAACAAGAUCAACCAGAUAUCAGUAAUACCAGAAGAUUUUGCUUGCAAAGUUUGGGAUUAUGUCGAGAUUAUUGUCCUCUCUGUUCUAGGACAACACUCUGAGAAUUACCCCCAGCUAGCAUCCUCAACAAGGAGAGCUGCUCAGAACAUGAUUCUGAAAAUGAAGGGACAAUCACUGAGUAGAGUGAAAGAGAUAAUAGAGAUGGAAAAAGUUGCUGAUUAUACUUGCAGCCCCGAGUACAUGGUGAAGUGUAACAAUCUUAUGGAAAACCUAGCCGAAUUCACUAAAACUGUGAAUGAUACAAGGAGACUGAGGAUGGAAAUCGAAGGCAUUGGGGAAGUGGCAGUUCAUCAUUUGCGAAAGUUAGAAAACAUUCUGCAGCCAGCCUUUGAAAUGAAAAUGAGAGUGACAGCUUAUUGGCAAAUUGUACUGAGGAGGUUGGUGGAUUUUAUGGCACUGCAUUUGCUACUGAGUAUUCAUAAUCUGGUGGAUAAAGAGCUCGAAGAUGAAAUUAUUGAUGAGCUGUUUGGUGGUCCAGGUCAUGGUAGCGGCAUUGAGAAGUGCUUGGAAGAGUCACCAGCUGUUGCCGGAAAAAGAGAGAAGCUAAGCAAGAGUGUUGAGUUGCUCAAGAAAUCUAAGGAUAAGGUCGCUAAUAUUAUGGACAGGAUUGCUGUUACUACUAGUAGCUAAGUGAAUCCAAGUCCAAUGUCAUAGACUUUUAAACUGCGUGAAGUCCUAUGUCAGUCUGCUAAUUUGUAAGCCCCCCUGUUAUUUUUAGGCUUUAUUUUGGUGUAUGAAUGAUCUGGUAAUGCAUAUAAACCUUAAAACAAUAUGAAGUGAUAAUAAACAAAUCCCUAUUUAUAAUAAAUAUGGUGUCUGAUCUGUAAUGAAAUCCAUGUUUUUGACAUGCAAGCAUUUUUCCCCAUAGUUUGAUUAUAGAAGGUUUAGUUGGACUGUAGAGUAAAAACAUGACUUCAUAUCCAAUAUCUAUUUAAACUGAAGCAUAGGGAAGUUAAAAAGCAUGAUUAUUACAGUCAGUCCGGUAAGUUUUUUCAAAUAACUCUUCGCUUUAUUCAAGAAGAAAGCUGCCGGGUAAUGCAUCUCAGCCAACAAGAAAAUGAGAUCUUCACAGUCCC